GCGCGCCGCUCAUUCGCACCAAGCGUAAGCGCCGGGUGGCUGCGCCGACACGUACUCUCUCACAUUUUAUUAAUCUACCCUCGAACUCAAACAGACGGAAACCGAAUAUCAAUUAAAUAAAAAAUAAAUCAAUAUAUAAUAAAACAAGUUCAUUUAAAUAUAAAACGCAUAAUAACGUGAACAACACGCCGGCAUCGAGUGACAGUUAUCUGAGUGUCUCCAUUAAUUAUGAAUGUUUUGUAAAUAAAUAAAUUGUAACUAAGUGGAACAGGACGAGACUUUAAGGUGUUAUAAAUGAGCCCGUGUUUACCCAAGAAGAGAAGCUCCAUGAGUUCUCCCAAGCUGGAGAUGUCCCUGGAACACCAGAUCCCUGUGUUGAUGAAAAAGACGCAGAUGAGCGGAGAUCGAGCAGGGUCGCAGUGCGGACUGACCUCGCUGCUGCCGAUGUCGUGCGGCAGGCGUGCCGCGGCGUUCGCGCGCGACCUGCACUCGCGGCUCAGCAACCUCGGCGGCGCCAGCGACGACCACUGCGAGAGCAGCUGGCUGACGCGCGACGCCACCGUGCCGCACCGGGCAACCACCUCCACCGCCACACGAGACCUCGACACCUUCUACGACUUCGAGCUCGAGUGCGAGAGCCCCUCCAGCCCCGUCGAUGAGUACGAGCCCGCCUUCCCUGAAAGAUCUCCUACUGACAGCCAAGAACAACCGUUUUACGACGUUGACUCUGAACCCGAAAAACCUAAAGAACAAACAAAAUUUUUAUUACAGCAACCAGACAAAACGAAAAAUGGUUUCAUAUUUUCUACCGCCUUUUAUACGGAGUGCACUCCACCAGUGAAACUUCAGCCAAUUCCCAGAGAAAAUGGACACGCAGAUAAACGUUUAUAUUCGGCCAUUACUUUUGAGGGUUGUGCUCGUCAAAAUAGCUUCGAUGAAAUCGACUGUGCCGCCAAACCCAUUGCUGCCUUAGAAACAGACUCUUUUAGUUUAACUAACUUUCAAAGUGCCACAUUAGACAGUGACUCAGAAUUCGAAUCUGCCAAGAGUGAACCUUCAGACAUUGUUGAAUUUGAGGAAGACUUUCAAAAUGAGAAAAGCACCGAAACCUACACAACAGAAUGCGGGGAAAACUUAUCCCUCGCUGAAGCUGAAAUUCCGCUUGAUGAGGAAACGCCGACAGAAGCCCCAGAACAAGUUUUAGAGACAGAAAAAGUUACACGCAAUGAACAUAGGCCUGAACCGUUACACAUAAUAACCAGUGAAGUUUCUAUAGAAAACGAAGUAUUGCCUACACCUGAAGUCGAGCCGUCCAUUUUGAGUGCAGAAAGUAAUGAUGAAGAUCAAAAACAAACAGAAACAGAAAUAGAAGAUGACCGACCACAACGUGUUCGGCGCUGCUCCUCACUCAAAACUGGUAAAACGCCACCCGGUACGCCAGGACGUAAAAAGAUCGUUCGUUUUGCGGAUGUCUUAGGACUGGAUCUUGCGGAUGUUAAAACCUUUAUGGAUGAAAUUCCAGUUGUACCAAAAUCCGCAUAUGACGACCUCACUGGGUGUGAUGUUCAGAGUACCCCACCUGCCCGGCCUGCACCUCGGCUUGGAGCACUCACACUGGUUCCACUAUUCCAACUACCAGUGGACAUCACAGAUAAACUCGAAACGCAAAAUGUGUGCCUUGAAAGUGCGCGAGUAUGCGACGGCGUACACGUCACCGUGUGCGGCUCCGUGCGCGUACGGAACCUGGACUUCCAUAAGACUGUACACAUACGCUAUACAAUGAACAGGUGGAAAACGUACACGGACCUGCAAGCUUCCUAUGUGCAGGGAUCGUGCGACGGUUUCUCAGACCGCUUCCAAUUUGUAUUGUACGCUCCGGCGAUAUCGUCGGGACAGCGGUUGGAACUGGCCGUGAGAUUCUUGUGCAAGGGCCAACAGUUCUGGGACAGCAACAGUGGAGCUAACUACUGCUUCGACUGCUUGGCGCUGGGCCCGAUGACAGCCGCCAGUGCGACGAACGCGCCGGCAGCAUCAGGUCCGCUGCACCCUACUGUGGACUGGCACCCGUCGUUCUACUGACGCGGCCGCGAAGAGCCGCGAGGUGACAGUGUCGAGGCGACGAGCAGCGCGUCCGCCGCCGCCCGGGCCGGCGAACACAUUCCUGCGCGGGCUGCCCGCCGGCGGCCCCGGGCGAGGCAGAGCGGGCGUCCUGAGCUCUUCAAUUGAUGAGGCUUCACGUUGUAAAGCGUACUUGUGAUAUAAAUUAGACUAGGCGUAGAUAUUGAAAUCGACGAGUGUGCGACUCGUCCUCAGAGUGCCAUUUUGCAAUAACGAUGUUUCGAGUUAAUAUAGAAUGUGUGUAUAUUUCAUAGAUUUUCGUUCAUACUAUGUUAACUGUAGCGUAGCGUCCCGUAGGACAAUAAAAUGUGAUGUUUGUGUGUGCGGUGAGUGCGGCCGCGCCUCUCCUUGUACAUAAAUAUAAGAGAGACGAAUUCUGAAUGAUAUUAAUUAAUAUUUUAAUACAUUUUUAUGACAUUAUUAGACCUUUGUAAUAAUUAUAAUAUGUCGAGUUAAGAGUAUCACGGUAUCACCUAGAUAGAAAGAUUUUAUUCACAUAACGUCUUAAUGAACUGUAGAUAAUACGAAUAUCCCUAGUUAUAGCAUCUUUGGUGACAUAAUAUAUCUUCCUUGUUAUGCCGUUGUAAAGUUUUUAAAUAGUUAAAGUAGUAUAAGAAUAAGAACAAUGUUAUUAAAAAUGUUUCGAAACUACGAAUCCUAUGCGAAUAAUAUUGUAACUAAAAUAUUUUAUAUCGAUGUUUUAAUCUGGAUAUAUUUAUAUUUUUAUAAUCACGGUAUCAUGACAUACUUCCUAUGUGAGAACUGAUAAAUAAUAGCCAGUUGUUAAUUCAGUUUUGAGAUUUUAAUAAAUGAGACUAUUAGAAAUUACGAAAUUAAAUUAUUGUUACUUUUAAGCGAUAUUAUAAUUUAUUUAUUAGGCCGAUCUUUUGUCUAUUUUGUAUAUGUACCUGAAUUCUUAAAAUGUGGCCAUAUUAAUUUUAAACAAUUUGAAUGCUAUCCUUAUGAACUAUUAUUGUUACUCUUAUAAUUGACUCCUGUUUUAUAAUAAAUACAUACCUAAUAAAUUAAUGUGCAUAAUUAUGA